UCAUCUGGCAGUGGGUUGCAUUGAAGUCCUCCACUGUGCCUGAAGGAAGAAUGCUUUUGGCUGGUGGGAAUGUGGAGAAGAUGGGGUCUGUCCAGCUGCUCCUUGGAGUACUAACCAUCUUUACCGUCACUGUCUAUAUCCCGUCUACACAUGGAGAGCAUUUUUUACUACAAGAUAACCGAGUGCUUUCAGAGAGGGGAGACACAAAUCAUGAGGACACUCUGCUGACUCUGCUUCUUAAUAAGAAAUUUGCAUGGCGGAGACCAGAAAAUAUUGACUGGGAGCUGGCAAAGAAAUUUGAAGAACUUGAACAGCUGGAAAAGUUGAAGGAUCAGCUCUCAAAUGAGGAAGGGUCAGAGGUGGCCUAUGCCUUGGAAAGUCUCUCAGCAUCCCCACCCAAAAAACGUGCUUGCUUUUGGAAAUACUGCAUCUGAAGCCUUGACAGGACUGGAGGAUGAAGAUGAAUCCUUCCCCAGACUGCCUUGCCGGGUAUUAAUGUGUUAAGAGUUUGUUCUGUUCUCUGAUCGUGCUGCUGCUAACUUGGACAUCUUCCAUGACCUCUUCACAGCCAAGUCUAACAGGGACUGUGACAAAAGCUGGUAGCUUGCUACCACUCUCUACUGUUCCUUCCUUCCAGGUUCAACCUGUCUUCAAGUCUUCUAUUUGGAAGAUGCUUUCCAACUUUCCUUGCUGUUCUCUGUGUGCCAUUCAGUCUGCUGCCACUGUACACUCUUCCCCUUCUCACCAGGUACCCCCAAAGCACCAAACACUGACUUGGUUCCCCUGAGCUCGGGCAUCUGCCCACGUCUGUAGGUGUUGCUCACAAUUGUGUCUGAGUUUCCUGUCACCUCGUACAAGCAGGUCUAUGAUGACCUAAAACCGGCUGCUGGGGCAGGAAGGCAGACUGGAUAUAAUGUGAAGGGCUCAGUGCUGUCUGCCUCAACUUGCUGAGCCAGAGCUGCUCCUCAUUAUGUCUCAUCAGCUUACACAGUAGGUUUGGGGGAGGACAGGCACAGAAGUCUGGAUCCUUUGGAUAUCAUUCCAAUAAAGAUUUUUUGUUGCACAGAAGCACAGACUGUUUUGUUUCUCAUUCCCUGCAGAGGCCCAAGGGGCAGUGCAUUUCCCUUG